CGAUGUAAACUUACCUUCAAGCCGCACAUAUCAAUAUUGCGUUCUCCACAUCAAAACUCAGUGCGAAAGUGCAUCAUCAUUCGCGCUAGACGAACGUUAACGACACCAAUAUCUUGAGAUACACAUUAUUUGCUUCCAGUAGAAACAAUCAAUCAAACAAAUGGGUGUCCAAGAAGAAAUGGAGGUAGACGUUUCCAAUUCUGGAGCAUCCACCAAUGAAAAUGACAAUAGUGAAAAAAAAGAUUUGAAUCUUCUUGCUAUAAAUGAAAUUCGAGAUCAUGUCAGACAGAUUGAAAAAGCUGUCCAAAACAAAGAGCCAAGAUUUAUUGUCAGAAUUUUACGAGCUUUGCCAAAUACAAGGCGUAAACUGAAUGCAGCUGUCAUGGAAGGUAUUGUGAAGCUUUUCUACUCAAAGGCAGGAGCUGAAAAAGAACUCCUUGUUAGAAUUUUAGUCAAAGGAUCCAGUCAUAAUUAUGGUGACCAUUACACAACCUCAUCAAAUCUUUUACCAGAAAUUGAUGCAUAUCUCUAUCUGUUGAUGAUUGUUCAUUUAAUUGACAAUGAACGAUAUGAUCCAGCUGUAUUUCUUUCUGAUGCUCUUUUUGCUCAAAAAAUUGCUUCGCACAACAGAAGAACUAUUGAUUUAAUAGCUGCUAAAUGUUACUUUUAUCAUUCAAGAGCUUAUGAACUUUGUGGUGAUGACUACUCAAAAAUCCGUGGUUUCUUACAUCUCAAACUACGAACAGCUACUCUGCGCAAUGAUUAUGAAGGCCAAGCUGUAUUGAUCAAUUGUCUACUGAGAAAUUAUUUACAUUUUAAUUUGUACGAUCAAGCCGAUAAGCUUGUUUUAAAAUCUACUUUUCCAGAAACUGCUAGUAAUAAUGAGUGGGCUCGCUUUUUAUACUAUUUAGGUAGAAUAAAGGCAGCCAGACUAGAGUACUCAGCUGCUCACAAACAUUUGGUUCAAGCUAUAAGAAAAGCUCCUCAAACAACAGCAGUUGGUUUCAGACAGACUGUUCAAAAACUUGCAGUAACCGUUGAAUUACUUCUGGGUGAUAUCCCUGAAAGGCAAAUUUUCAGACAAGCAGCUUUGAGGAGAGCUUUAGCACCAUACUUCCAGCUUACUCAAGCUGUCAGGCUGGGAAACUUGCAACGUUUUGGAAAAGUACUUGCACAAGGAGGACCACAAUUUAGAAAAGAUCAUACAUUUACUUUGAUUCUGAGAUUAAGACAUAAUGUAAUUAAAACUGCUAUUCGAUCAAUUGGUUUAUCUUAUUCGCGAAUUUCUCCGGCAGAUAUUGCUAAAAAAUUAGGAUUAGAUUCACGAGUUGAUGCUGAAUUUAUUGUUGCCAAAGCAAUACGAGAUGGUGUAAUUGAAGCUACUCUUGAUCCUGGAAAUGGUUAUAUGAGGAGUAAAGAAACUUCUGAUAUAUACUGCACUAGAGAACCACUUUUAGCAUUUCAUCAAAGAAUAACAUUUUGUUUGGAUUUACAUAAUCAAAGUGUGAAAGCUAUGAGAUAUCCACCAAAAUCGUAUGGUAAAGAUCUUGAAUCAGCUGAAGAGCGUAGAGAAAGGGAACAGCAAGACUUGGAAUUAGCUAAAGAAAUGGCAGAAGAAGAUGAUGAUGGAUAUCCUUAAAUUUGUCACUUUUAUUUACUGAUUUGAAAAUUUUCUGUUCUCUUGUUCUCUUCACUCUCAUUAUUAUAAACCUUAUAUAUUUAUAAAUGCAUUGUACUAUUGAAAAAUGCUGAACUAAUUAAAUAAAUUAUAAAAACUAAAUUA